AUGUCAACCGACGUUGCGAAGCAGCCCGAAGACGGCCCAGCCCAGGAUGUGCAGGCCUCUAAGCCCGUGUCCCGCUUCACGCGGUGGUUCAGGAGCCCGCUUUUUAACGUCAUCCUCGUUGGUAUGAUAUCUUUUACGCAGCCCGGUAUUUGGAAUGCGCUGAAUAACACUGGCGCUGGCGGACAGCAGGAGCCCUAUCUGGUCAACGGGUCCAAUGCGCUGACAUUUGGUAUAAUGGUAUUUGGGUGCUCUUUCUUUGCUAUUCUGGCAAAUAAGAUCGGCCUGAACAAGGUGCUUAUUAUCGGGACGCUGGGCUACGCGCCGUAUUCGGCAUCGUUAUAUGUGAACAAUCGUUAUGGCACAGAGUGGUUCGUCCUAUUUGGUGGAGCAACCUGCGGUGUCGCGGCUUCUGCCCUGUGGGCUGCAGAGGGUGCAAUUGCUCUCGGGUAUGCCAACAUACACGACCGGGGGAAAUUCACUGGCAUCUGGCUUGGUCUCCGUGAGCUCGGACAGCUCAUCGGGUCUUCCAUUCAGCUCUCACUAAAUGUCAAGAACGGCCAGAGAGGAAAGGUCGGAUACUCGACAUAUCUCGUCUUGAUCGCGCUGCAGUGCCUCGGCCUUCCCCUUGCACUGCUCGUGUCACCCCCUGAGAAGGUCAUCCAUCGCGACGGCAGGAAGGCCUACGACCCAACCAAGAACAAGGCUGUGGUCAAGGAGUUCCACAAGUGGAUCGCGCUGCUCAAGAGGAAGCAGUUCUACCUCUUGAUCCCUAUCCUCGUUGGCUUCAACUGGAACAACACCUACCAGGGUAUUUACCUCACCAAGUACUUCUCCGUCCGGGCCAGGACUCUUGGCUCGUUGACAUCUGGGAUUGCGGCAACGGCUGCCAACAUCUUUUGGGGCUGGUUCUACGACCUGAAGUGCUUCAGCCGCCCUACUCUUGCCAGGAUUACUUGGUUCAGCUUUUCCGCCAUCAUGCUUGGCCUGUUCGCCUGGCAAACAGCAAGUGAGAAGCUAAAUGAGGACACGAAACCCACUCUCGACUGGGCCAGCCCGGGCUUUGGUCGCGGCUUUGCUGUCAAUGUCCUCUUCCGUUUCAUGAAUGAGUCCCAUUACAUGUUUGUAUACUGGAUAAUGGGCACCUUCUUCGACGACAUCGAGACCCUGACAUUGGGGGUUGGCCUGGUACGGUCCUUCGAGUCCAUCGGAUCGUGCCUGGCGUUUGGCAUUGGGGCAGUCAAGGUUUCGCCCAUGGUGAACCUGGUCGUCGCCUUCGUCAUGUUUGUCAUCUGCAUCCCUGCGACAUCGUUCGCGGUGUUCCUUGUGCCGGAGAGGCCCAUAGACAACGGGACCCCCGAUUCGGACAAUUUGUCCAUCGAGUCCCGCAAGGACACAGACCCGGUUGUCGUCGCUACUGCAGCAGAUGCGGUAGACGGUCAUCGGCCAUAA